AUGUCAGCCGAGACGAAAACGGAGAAGGAAGAUCAAAACAAGACGCUGGGUCGUCUGCAAUGGCUGAUACAGCGAAGCAAAGUUGGAUACAAAGGCAAUCCUCCUCCAUUUGAUACACUCAAAAAGCAGAAAUCGGUAGAAUUAGCCAAAAAGCGCGCAGCAAAGGAGCUUGUUGCAGAUGUUGACUUUUUGCCCUUUCGUCAUGGAGGUCCCUCACUUGCUGAAGAUGCAAGACCAAGCAAGCAUCUGCGUGACGUAGACAACACCAAGUUUGAGGUGCAGGCGAAUCGUGAUGAUUACAACUAUUGCCAUCAGCGAAUAGACAGAGUGACGGGGAGGCCGGAGAUCGUCUCGGCACUGUGCUGGGAUUUGAAAGUUGAGAAUGGAAGCCCUGCGACGGCGGGGCGUUCGUGUAGAAACUCUACAGAAACCCAUUUUCUAAACAAGAAAGGCGCUGUGAGGGGGUUCAGCAACGCCUAUCUUGCGACGCUGUCUCGUGAAGAAAGAGCAGCAAUUUAUAGAGCAGAUAUCUUAAAUCAUCCCAAAUUCACAAAGGAAAGCCGUGAAUACUGGGGGGGCGAUGCUUGGUAUCGUGGGUCCCAGCUUCAGGGGCCACCCCACCUGUCAGUGGAUAAACCCCCUGUGGCUCUUACCCGAAACUGUAUCUGCAUGAGGGGUAGUUGUAGAUGA